AUGAAGAUAUCACAGGAAACUGUUCAUAAAUUACAACUGGAUGCAUCUUGUAUUCGAAAUAUUUGUAUCUUGGCUCAUGUCGAUCAUGGGAAAACAUCAUUGAGUGACUCUUUAUUGGCAACUAAUGGGAUUAUUUCUCAACGAAUGGCAGGUAAAGUCAGAUACCUUGAUUCUAGAGAAGAUGAACAAUUAAGAGGAAUUACUAUGGAAUCAUCAGCUAUUUCAUUAUACUUUAAAGUCAUGAGAUUACAAAAGGGAUCAGAUGAACCUGAGAUUAAAGAGCAUUUGAUCAAUUUGAUUGAUUCCCCAGGGCAUAUUGAUUUCUCAUCAGAAGUUAGUACAUCAUCAAGAUUAUGUGAUGGUGCUGUGGUGUUAGUUGAUGUUGUGGAAGGGGUUUGUUCUCAAACAGUAAAUGUUUUACGUCAAUGUUGGAUUGAUAAAUUAAAACCAUUAUUGGUUAUCAACAAAAUUGAUAGGUUAAUCACCGAAUGGAGAUUAUCUCCUUUGGAAGCUUAUCAACAUAUUUCUAGAAUCAUUGAACAAGUGAAUUCAGUUAUUGGUUCUUUUUUUGCCGGUGACAGAUUAGAAGAUGAUUUAAACUGGCGUGAAUCUGGAUCAAUUGGGGAAUUUGUUGAAAAAAGUGAUGAAGAUUUAUAUUUCCAUCCAGAAAAGAAUAAUGUCAUUUUUGCGUCAGCCAUUGAUGGUUGGGCAUUUUCUGUCAAUACUUUUGCCAAAAUAUAUCUGAAAAAAUUGGGAUUCUCACAAUUGGCAUUAUCCAAAACACUUUGGGGUGAUUAUUAUUUGGACAUGAAAAACAAGAAAAUUAUUCCAGGUAAGAAAUUAAAGAAUGCAAAUUUGAAACCAUUAUUUGUUUCCUUGAUCUUAGAUCAGAUUUGGGCUGUGUAUGAAAACUGUGUUAUUGAAAGAGAUCAAGAGAAAUUGGAAAAGAUUAUAGAAAAACUAGGUGCACGAGUCACUCCUCGUGAUUUACGUUCCAAGGAUUACAAGAACUUGUUGAAUGUUAUUAUGUCACAAUGGAUCCCAUUAAGUCAUGCUAUAUUAGGUACUGUUAUAGAAUAUUUACCAAGUCCUGUUACAGCACAGCAUGAAAGAAUUAAUAAAAUCUUGGAUGAAACCAUUUACAGUGCUGUUGAAUCGGAACAUGACAAAUCUAAACUAGUUGAUCCUUCAUUUGUGAAAGCUAUGCAAGAAUGUGAUAGUACUGAUGCGGAAAAUCAUACAAUUGCUUAUGUUUCUAAAUUAUUGUCAAUACCAAAUGAUGAUUUACCUAAACUUAGUAAUUCUUCAGGAUCAUUGACAGCUGAAGAAAUCCAAGAACGUGGUAGAAUUGCAAGAGAAUUGGCUAAAAAGGCAUCAGAAGCAGCUGCUAUGGCUCAAGAUACUAAAAAGGGUGAAGAUGAUUUUAUCAUAAAACCAAAGAAGGAUCCCUUUGAAUGGGAGUUUGAAGAAGAUGAUUUUGAAACUGAAGAAGAUGAAGAUGAUACUAUCGAAGAAUCUACUGAGACAUUGGUAGGAUUUACUCGUAUUUAUUCAGGCACAUUAUCUAAAGGGCAAAAAUUAACUGUCGUUGGUCCUAAAUAUGACCCAUCUUUACCAAGAGACCAUCCAACCAAUGUUGAGCAAAUUUCCAAUGAUAUUGAAAUAAAGGACUUAUUUUUAAUUAUGGGAAGAGAGUUGGUUCGCAUGGACAAAGUUCCUGCUGGUAAUAUUGUUGGUGUUGUUGGAUUGGAUGAUGUUGUUUUGAAGAAUGGUACUAUUUGUUCACAAUUACCAGAAGAUAAACCAUACAUCAAUCUUGCAUCUACAUCCACAUUGAUUCACAAUAAACCUAUCAUGAAAAUUGCUGUAGAGCCAACCAACCCCAUCAAGUUGACUAAAUUGGAAAGAGGUUUGGAAUUAUUGGCUAAAGCUGACCCAGUUUUGGAAUGGUACAUUGACGAUGAGUCUGGGGAAUUGAUUGUUUGUGUUGCUGGUGAAUUGCAUUUAGAAAGAUGUCUUAAAGAUUUGGAAGAAAGAUUUGCUAAAGGGUGUGAAGUCACUGUUAAGGAACCAGUUAUCCCAUUUAGGGAAGGUUUAGCUGAUGACAAAAUCAACACUAUGAAUCAAGAAGAGUCGGAUUCCGAAGACAAUGAAGAUGAAUUGGUUGACUUGGAAUUUGAAAUCUCACCAUUACCAAAGGAAAUCACCGAGUUCUUGGUUAAUCAUGAAGUAUCUAUUUCUGAAAUUGUUAACAACAAGCAUGAAAAUGACGAUUUCAAGAACGAAUUUGUGGAUAAGUUUGCUGCUGUUAUAAAUAGUUCUGAAUUGGUGUCCAAUUUCCCAGACGCAAAGUCUUUCAUCGAAGGUAUUGUUUCCUUUGGACCAAAACGUGUUGGUCCAAAUAUUUUUGUUGAGGAGUAUGAGUCAAAUCUACUUAGACACAUCUUUUCGUCUACAGCCCCUGAAUCUAGAUUUGAAUAUGAGAAUAACAUCCUCAAUGGGGUACAGUUGACAUUUAAUGAAGGGCCAUUAGCAUCUGAACCAUUACAAGGGACUAUUGUCACGUUAAAGAAAGCAGUGAAGAAUGAAAUUAAUGAAGACAAGAUAGUCAACCCGGGAAGAAUUAUAGUACAGACUCGAGAUUUAAUUCAUAAGCGUUUCUUGCAAAAAUCACCACGAUUAUUCCUUGCCAUGUAUACUUGUGAAAUUCAAGCUGCUUCUGAAGUUUUAGGUAAAGUAUAUGCUGUUGUUCAAAAACGUGGAGGUGCAAUUAUCUCUGAAGAAAUGAAGGAAGGUACUCCAUUUUUCACUAUUGUUGCCCGUAUCCCUGUCAUUGAAGCAUUUGGGUUUUCAGAAGAUAUUAGAAAGAAAACCUCUGGUGCUGCAAGUCCUCAAUUGGUGUUUGAUGGGUAUGAUAUGUUGGAUAUUGAUCCAUUCUGGGUUCCACAUACCGAAGAAGAAUUAGAAGAAUUGGGUGAAUUUGCUGAAAGAGAAAAUGUAGCAAGAAGAUACAUGAACAAUAUUAGAAGAAGAAAAGGGUUAUUUGUUGAUGAAAAAGUUGUCAAGAAUGCAGAGAAGCAAAGAACCUUGAAGAAGGAUUAA